GAGAACACAAGCGGAAGUAAAUACUCAUGGCAUAGUUACUAGUGAAAGGGGAUGAAGUAGCAUAAAAAACGUGGAUGCUACUUAGUUUUAAAUAGUUAAAAUAAGUCACAAAUUCCCGAGUCAGUCAUUUCAUCUACAGAAAAUAACAGGAGCGCAUCUUAUUCGUUUGGAGAAUAAAUGCAACCGAGGGUCGUUGAAUCGAGUACCACGCUUAAGGCCUGGAAAGACGAGUGCUAAGCUAAUCAGCGCUAACGCGGAGGUUUAGCAAACGGCGUUUAUUAGCAGUGCAGCAAGGCAGGGGCUGCUGAAGCGGCUAGUCUGUGCAGCAGAUGUCUGUUUUCAUUUGAUGUAAAGAGAUAGAUAGCAUCGACACAGAAAGCCAAAACUCUGGCUGCAGUGGAGGGAAGUUCGGCUGGAUUUAAGAUGAUCAUUGAAAACCUUGAUGCUUUGAAAACAUGGCUGUCUGAAACCCUCGAGCCUAUUUGUGAUGCAGAUCCCUCCGCUCUUGCCAAGUAUGUAGUUGCCCUGGUGAAGAAGGACAAAACUGAAAAGGAACUUAAAGCUCUGUGUAUAGACCAGUUAGAUGUAUUCCUCCAAAAAGAGACCCAGGCCUUUGUGGACAAGCUGUUUGAAGCCAUUAACAAAAAAUGCUACCUCCCUCAGCCGGAACAACCAUCCCCAGUUGUCAAAACUGAAAAGGAAGACCCGAAGAAAGAUGAGCCAAAUCGGGAAGAAGAUCGAGACAAGAAGUUUUCCCGACGUCUGACUCACAGCCCACCACAGUCAAGCUCUCGCUACAGUAGAGAUGGCAGGAGAGGAGAUGACCGUAAAAGAGACGACCGCUCCAGAAAGAGGGACUAUGAUCGCAAUCCUCCCAGGAGGGACUCGUACCGCGACCGCUACAAUCGCAGGAGGGGCCGCAGCUACAGCCGCAGCCGGAGCCGGAGUUGGAGCAAGGACCGCGCUCGAGACCGCGACAGAGAGAGGGACCGAGACAGGGAGAGAGACAGAGACCGGGACAGAGAUCGCACCAGGAGCAGGUCCCGCAGCAGAUCUUGCUCCCGGACCAGGAGUCGAGACCAAGACCCGGGAAAACUGAAGUACGACCACGACAGAGGGGACCGGUCAGAGAGCGGGGACAUUUACGCCCCGGCCGGCCUCGUCUCCACUGCGGCCACUUCCCACUUCCCUGUGCCAACUCUGAGCAGCACCAUCACGGUCAUCGCCCCCACACAUCACCACAGCAACAACACCACCGAGAGCUGGUCAGACUUCCGGCCCGACCACCCCGUGGACGGAGGCCCAUUCAGCAGAGGCCCGCCGCCUCAGCAGAGGAAGCGUUGCCGUGAUUACGAUGAGAAAGGAUUCUGCAUGCGGGGGGACUUGUGUCCUUUCGAUCACGGGAGCGAUCCGGUCGUAGUGGAGGACGUCAGCCUGCCCAACAUGUUGCCCUUUCAGCCUCCACCCAUCCCGGGAGUGGAGCCUCCGCCUCCACCCGGCCUCCCCCCACCACCAGCUCUUAUGAACCCCCCACCCGUGAACCUCCGCCCCCCCGUCCCACCACCUGGUGCCCUCCCGCCCAGCCUUCCGCCUGUCGGAGGUCCUCCUCCCCCGCUUCCUCCAUUACAACCCGCAGGCAUGGACGGACCCCCCAACUCCAUCACCAGCUCUGUUCCCACCAUCGUCACCUCCGGGAUGCGUCCCUCACUUCCCCAAGUCUCAGGGCCGCUCUUCAGCUCAGACCACUAUGACACAGAUGUGUACAAUCCCGAGGCUCCUAGUAUCACCAACACUUCCAGGCCCAUCUAUCGCCACCGGGUCAAUGCCCAGAGACCCAACCUGAUUGGCCUCACAAUGGGGGAGGUUGACCAGCCACAAAGAGACAAGAUUCCCAACAACAGUAUGAGAAUCGUCAUGGAGUCGGAAUCAAGGAAAAGACCAGUUCGUUCUCAUGAUGGUUGUAUGCCCCCCAAAAAACCGUGGUUCGACAAACCCACGUUCAACAUACCGAACCAGCAGGGCUAUCACAAAAGAGCUCAGUUCUCCCCCAACGCCAAGCUGCUUGUUCGGCAAAUUCCUCCCGAGCUCAACAACAUCAGCAAGCUCAAUGAGCAUUUCAGCAAGUUUGGCACCAUCGUUAACCUGCAGGUGGCGUACCAGAAUGACCCCGAGGGGGCCCUCAUACAGUUCGCCGCCCCCGAGGCGGCUAAGCGGGCUAUGCAAAGCACAGAGGCGGUCCUCAACAACCGCUUCAUCAGGGUGAACUGGUUCCGGGACGACUGCGGCGACGGGCAGGGCCAGUCCAGGCCCCAGCAGCCGCACCCAGCCAUGCAGCCUUCAGCCACAUGUCUCAAGCAGUCUAUCAAAGACCGUCUGGGCCCCAUGCUGCCUGCAAACUCUGAGCCCCCCCAUGAUCCAGGUGUUCCCCUUCAGAAUGUCUCCAAAGUGUCGGUGAAGGAUCGUUUAGGAGUCACUCUCAAACCGGUAGCCCUUCUUGAAAAGGUGUUCCCAACUUCCACCGGGCUCACCAAGACGGUGUACAACCCUGCUGCUUUAAAGGCAGCUCAGAGGAAUUCCGAGGAAGCCCUAAAGAAGAAACAGGAAGCCCUGAAGUUGCAGCAGGAUGUGAGGAAGAAGAAGCAGGAAAUAUUGGAGAAACACAUUGAGACGCAAAAGCUCCUGAUUUCCAAACUUGAGAAGAACAAAGGGAUGAAGGCAGAAGACAAAGCCAAGAUCAUGGAAACCUUGGGCCUGUUCACUAAGAGGAUCACCAAACUGCAAGAGGAGAUCAAGGGGAUCUCGAGCUGCAGCAACCCCCCUCGGACCACCAAGAGUAAAGCUCAGGCACAGAAGGACCUGCUGGACGCAGAGCUGGACCUGUAUCAAAAGACUCAAGCCGGAGAGGACACAGCACUGUUGAAGAUGAAGUACACCCAGCUCCAGAUCGAGGCAGCCAAAAGGGGGAUUCUGUCGACGGCACGGGGCCGAGGCGCCCACGCCCGGGGCCGCGGCGCCGCCAGGGCCCGGGGGCGGGGCUCCAGGGGCCGGGGGAGAGGCGCUCCCCUCCACGCGGUGGUGGACCAUCGACCUCGAGCGCUGCAGAUCUCCGGUUUCAGCGACGCGGACCGCGUGGAUUUGCUGCCACACUUUGCUCAAUUUGGAGAAAUCGAAGAUUGCCAGAUGGACGAGAGCAACCUGUCUGCGGUGGUCACGUACAAGACGAGAGCAGAGGCGGAGCAGGCGGCCUUCCACGGAGUGAAGUUAAACAACCAGACUCUGCGGCUGGCCUGGCACAAACCCGCCUCCACGCUGGGCGCAGGAGAAGCUGAUGAGGACGAGCCGCAGGAGGAAGAGUACCCGGAGGAGUCACUGAGUGACGACGCGUUGCUGCAAGACGACGACGAGGAGGACGAUGACAACGAGCCGCGGCCCUGGCGCAGAUGA